AUGAGCUCAAUCGAGAAGUUUGUCAACCAGCAACCGCUGAUUGUUCACUCUUCGCUGGCGCAACUGCGUUAUCUCGUGCUAAGCGAAGGUCUUCCGGCUCCAAAAGACAGAUCAGCAGUAAGACUGAGAUGCAACGUUUGGUCGGUUCUGACCCGCUGUUCAAUGGAUGGAGCGACAUCUGAUUACAUUUUAUUGGUACGAAGAGGACCACCUCCUCCGCCAAUCUUUUCCAAGAUCAAAAACGACACCUUUCGAACUCUAAAUACCGACCCACAAUUUGUAGCGUCCGUUUCGGAGGACGCAAUCACCAGAUGCCUGUCCUGUUUUGCUUGGUCAGUCAUAGACAGCGCUAGUGACAACACCGAAUUGAGCACGUACGUUCAAGGCAUGAACGUUCUACUAGCGCCAAUUCUUUACAGCAGUCCGUCCGAACCCAUGGCAUAUAAGCUGUUCGAAUCGCUUUGCCAAGAUCACAUCAGAACGUAUUUAAAUCAAAGUCUUACAGGGGUACACAACGGUGCUAAACUGCUCGAUAUAUGCCUGAAAAUCAUCGAUCCAAAGCUCAGCAAGUUUCUCACCGACAAUCUUUUGACCGCAGAGAUCUACGGCAUACCGUCAAUCCUGACCUUGUCGAGCUGUACCAAGCCUUUGGAUCAAGUGUGCAAAUUGUGGGAUUUUAUGUUCGCUUACGGAUUCCACAUGAACAUCCUCUUCAUCGUAGCACAACUGGUGGUCAUCAGGGCGCGGAUUUUGAAGAGCAAUUCCCCCAUGAAUCUCCUGCGCGUGUUCCCUGAGUUUGACGCCGAGGAGAUAAUAAGGCUGGGAGUCGGCUUCGUGGCCAAGUUACCAUCUAGUAUAUACGACCUCCUCGUGCAGCAUCUGGAGGAUCCGGAUUUGGUGAUAGGAUAG